ACCAAAGACAAGUGACAUUUUACCAAACAAGACUUUCGUUACUUCUACAAUCGUUCAAAAUCAAGAUGGCAAGUAAAAUGGCGAGCGACGAUUUUGUCGACGAGUUCCUGACGUGCGCGAUCUGCAUGCUGAACUUCCGGGAUCCGAAAAUCCUGCCAUGUCUGCACAGCUUUUGUAGGGAAUGUCUGCAAGAAUGGACCGCCAAACAACAGCCGCUGGAGUGUCCAACCUGCCGCGAACCGGUCAGGCUACCAGACCAAGGUGUGGACGGACUCAGGACCAACUUCUACGUCAACAACCUGCUGGACUUCGCGGCGGCCAAGAAAGGGGCGGAGCCAGAUCAUGAGGUCACCACUGAAGAAACCCUCAAGGCUGAAGAAGGUAUGAGUAAAUUCCACCGUAAGCGACACUGCGACAAGCACAAGAAGUACGAGCUAGAGUUCUACUGUGAGAGCUGCAAAGCUAUGGUUUGUACGGCGUGUACCGUGGUCGACCACCGACCGAGCAAAGAUCACAAUCCCGUAGAAAUCGCUACUGUUGCUCAAGCGAGAAAAGAAACGCUGCAAGGACUCCUGCAAGACAUAGACCCGCGUCUGAAGGAAAUACAGGAUGCUGUGAAGGAAGUUGACAGGAAGAUUUCAAAGUUAGUCCCCACGAAAGAGGAAGCCACAGACCAAGCCAAGGCGUACUUCCGCAAACUUGCCGAUCUUCUGCAAAAGCGUGAAGACGAGAUUUUGAGCCAGAUUGACGAACAGUGCCGAGCCGACGGCAAGGCUCUACAGACAAAGAAGGAAGCGAUAGAGUUCGAGUUGGCCGGACUGACGAGCGCACAGAUGUUCUGCCAACAAGCUGUAGAACACGGAAGUGACGUGCACGUUCUGGAGGUGGGAAACCAAGUCCAAACAAGGGUGGAAACUCUGCUGACAAAAGAAGUGGACCUGGAGUCCGACUGGAGAGAGUUUCAGUUCGUCGAGAACACGACUGUUGUUGACGUCGAAAAAGAAGUUGACAAUUUCGGUGGCGUACAUACAAACGUCGACGUUUCGAAGUGCAAAGUUGCUGUAAAGCCGGCAGUCCGGGGGUUUGAGUGCGUCGCCGAGCUGACGACAUUGAGCAAAGAAGGCCGCCUUUGUUUUACGAACAGUAAAUCCGUCAAAGCUAGCAUGAAGGACCCGUCUGGAACAAACGUCGCCACACAAGUACAAAUGAAGAGCAGGGGCUUGUGGAAAAUCUCGUACACACCUGAAGUUACGGGUAACCAUAAGUUAGAGGUCAAGGUCAAUUCGCAACAAGUGGCGGGAAGUCCGUUUGAUGUUGACGUGAAGGGGAACCCCGUGUUGACUAUCGGACAGGAGGGCAGCGGGGUGGGGGAACUGAGCCUGCCGGUAGGUGUCGCUGUUGAUAAGGACGGCAACAUCGCAGUGGUGGAGCAAGGGAACAAACGAGUUCAGGUCUUCGAUAAAGACACAGGUCAGUCUUUGCGUAGCUUCCCUGUUGAAGGUGAGAAUCCAUUCGGUAUUGAUGUGGACACCGAGGGGAGGUUUCUUGUGACGUCCUGGGGUGAAAAUUACGGGUUAAGACGCUACUACAAGGAGGGCAAACUGUUGAACACAUUGAAGCCUGACUGUAUGUGUGAUCCGCACGGUGUGACAGUUCUGAAGGACGGGCGCAUGGUGGUGGUAAACCGCCCAGGUUCAAGGGAAGACUCCUGUCUCCUCCUGCAGCCUGACGGGAGCCUCAUCCGGGAGAUCGGCAAGGGGCAGUUACAGGGGCCUGUGUUCGUGUCGGUAGACGAGUCACGUGAAGUGCUGCUUGUCACAGACAGCGACGCACACAAAGUAUUCGCGUUUGACCUUGACGGAAACCGAAAGUUCGAUUUUGGCAGACAAGGAGACAAUAAUGGCGAACUUCAAAGUCCAUUCGGUGUAACAUCAGACCCGGCAGGUAACAUCAUUGUCAGUAACGAAGGAGACGGCCGUGUGCAGGUGUUCGCGCCUGACGGGACUUUCAAACAGAAACUGGGAACAGUCAAAGGGGGGGAUGCCAGUGGAGUCGCUCUGACUCCUGAUGGUUACAUAGCGGUGGCGUGUUGGGAGGGACAUUGUGUAGAACUGUACAGGUACAUGUGAGCCAA